UAGCCGAUAAUUUAUUGCAUCGUAAGUGAUUUAAUAACAAUUUGAAAUUGGUGCGUGUGUUUGAAAUGCGCGCGCGUGUGCGCAGAGAACUGUUUUGGUCGGUAAAGUAGAUAUUUCAUUCUUCCUGUUUCUGUACUCGGCGCAAAAUGACUAAGGGUACAUCAAGCUUUGGUAAACGCCGCAAUAAGACACACACUUUGUGCAGAAGAUGUGGUAGAUCAUCUUACCACAUCCAAAAGUCGCAAUGUGCCCAGUGCGGCUAUCCCUCCGCCAAAAUGCGCUCAUACAACUGGUCUAUUAAGGCUAAAAGGAGGAAGACCACUGGAACUGGUCGUCUCCGCCACUUGAAAAUUGUCCGCAGGCGUUUCCGCAACGGAUUCCGUGAGGGCGGCAAAGCUAUUAAGAAAACUGAAAAAUAGUUUUAUUAAUUUUUGACAAAUAAAUUAUAAAAAAAGUAUACAA